AUGCAGUCUAUGAUUGAAUUGAGUCGCACCCAAGAUGAAGAAGUUGGAGAUGGAACAACAUCUGUCAUCAUUCUUGCUGGUGAGAUGCUUCAUGUUGCUGAAGCACUCAUAGAUAAGAGUUAUCAUCCUACAGUUAUUUGUCGAGCUUAUAAUAAAGCUUUGGAGGAUGCCAUUGCCGUCCUUGACAAAAUUGCAAUGCCCAUUGAUGCCAAGGAUCGAGGUACUAUGCUGGGGAUACUCAAAAGCUGCAUAGGUACCAAAUUCACUAGUCAAUUUGGGGAUUUAAUUGCUGAUUUAGCUAUUGAUGCUACUACCACAGUAGAUAUUGAUCUUGGCCUAGGUUUGAGAGAUGUAGAUAUUAAAAAUUAUAUAAAAGUUGAGAAGGUCCCUGGUGGGCAGCUGGAGGAUUCAAGAGUUCUUAAAGGGGUUAUGAUAAACAAAGAUGUGAUUUCCCCUGGCAAAAUGAAAAGAAAGAUUGUUAAUCCCCGUGUCAUUCUUCUUGAUUGUCCUCUUGAGUAUAAAAAGGGUGAAAAUCAAACAAACGCUGAACUGCUCAAAGAAGAAGACUGGAGACUCCUAUUGAGAAUGGAAGAAGAAUACAUUGAGGAGCUCUGCAUGCAGAUAUUGAGGUUUAAACCGGAUUUGGUAAUUACAGAGAAAGGCCUUAGUGAUUUGGCAUGCCAUUUUCUGAGCAAGCAUGGAGUUAGUGCAAUCAGAAGGCUGAGAAAAACUGAUAAUAAUAGAAUUGCAAAAGCAUGUGGUGCUGUUAUUGUGAACAGACCAGAUGAAUUACAGGAGUCUGAUGUUGGUACUGGUGCCGGAUUAUUUGAAGUUAAGAAAAUUGGAGAUGAAUUUUUUGCAUUUAUUGUUGAAUGCAAAGACCCCAAGGCUUGCACUGUACUACUGAGGGGUGCUAGCAAGGAUCUCCUAAAUGAAGUUGAAAGAAACCUCCAGGAUGCCAUGUCCGUAGCAAGGAACAUAAUAAAAAAUCCAAAACUUGUUCCUGGAGGUGGUGCUACGGAAUUGACUGUAUCAGCGACGUUGAAACAGAAGAGUUUAUCUGUUCAAGGUAUAGAGAAGUGGCCUUAUGAAGCUGCUGCCAUUGCUUUUGAGGCGAUCCCCCGUACUUUGGCACAAAUGGGAGUAAAUGUCAUCCGCACUAUGACCGCACUGCAAGGAAAACAUGCAAAUGGAGAAAAUGCGUGGAUUGGCAUAAAUGGAAAUACUGGGGACAUCACUGACAUGAAAGAAUGCAAGAUCUGGGAUGCAUACAUUGUGAAAGCGCAGACAUUUAAGACUGGUAUUGAAGCUGCUUGCAUGCUUCUGCGGAUUGAUGAUGUGGUGAGUGGUAUUAAGAGGCAGGCCCCUAGAGCCGGCCAGGCUCCUUCAAAGCCUAAGAUUGAGACCGAGGCAGAUGCUGACAGUGAGCUAAUUCUUCCUGAUUGAGAACAUAGAACAGCAUUUUCUUUGAUACUAAGAGUUGAAGAUGUGCUAGGUUCUUGUUGACUAUUCAAAUCUAAUAAUCAUUCUUCUUGUUUUGGGUCUUGGUAAGCGUGUAACAGCCUGCAUACCACAUGAACACAUUGUGAAGCAGUGAGAAGUGUCAGUAUUUUCUGGUUCAUCAAUUGGUACUCAGGGUCCAGGCAAUUAUUUAACAAGGUUAAUAUCUACAUAGUAUACACUGACAAUUAGAUUUAUCAUACAAUUUUAUCCUUG